AUGAGCGACGACGACUUCGGCUCUGAAAUUGAGUACGACGCGGCGCUGGAGGAGACGCUCCAGGCCGUCGAGAGCGGCAAGGCCGUGCCUGCCGACCCGAAACCGAUUACCGACAUUGAGGACCUGGCCGUUGGUCUGUCGCCGUUCGAGGAGUUCCGGAAACGGGGCUCGCUGUCCGUCACCGAUCUCGUCGGUACGCUCUGGUGUGAGGUCCAGUUCGACUACCGCCAGCGCACGUUACCGUUCCUGCCGCCGGCGGCGCGGAGGAAGGUCAUCAAAACACCCAAGGGCGCGGCCAUCCAGGUCGACCAGGUCAAGGUCGAGGACAAGGACCGCAUACUGAAGCGCGGCGAAAAGAUCCACAAGCGGCUUGAGCGCGAGAUUCACCCCGAAGAGGUCGUUGUGCGUAGCACCAGCGUCGAGGAGACAUGGGCAAUCCGCAUGCUCAACAUGCUCUCCUCGCUCGAGGCACUCAUCAGCCUGGGCAAGUGCCGAGAGAUGCCGAUCUGUGGUUUUGUCGGCGACGUGUACGUGUCCGGCAUCAUUGACGAGAUUGAGCGGAAGCCGAUCGAAACCAGCACGCCUAGUACGCCAGGCAAGGUCAAGCGGCAGUCGACGCUCAACGAUUUCUUUGGCGGCACUCGCCCCCCAACACACCGUCUCAUCAUCAGUGACUCCAAGACGCGCGCUUCUGGUACGUUGCCCAAGUUUGAGGACACGCGUGCUGGACAGUAUCAGGUCAUGCUGUACAAGGAGCUCCUGGAUGCGCUCAUGAUGACCGCGCCGAAUCCCGACGCUACAGCCGACUCCAUUCUCCCUACGAGCACGACCGGUGGCUUCGCCAAGAUCUUUGACCACCUCGGCCUCAACGCUGGUGCGCCGUUCAGUGAAGGCUUCCUUAGUCAGGCCAAUGCCAUUAUCGUCGGCAAUGGACUCAGGUGGGGGGCGAGCGACGCCAAGUGCCUUCUGCAGCUGGCGGACUGCUGGGAGCAGUACGUGCAGGAGCUCGGCCUCGACCUGGGCAAGGGGAAGAACGACAAAGCGAGCGGGGACGAGCUGCAGCUAGUGUUUCGUAGAGCGGGACACGACAAAAAGUAUCGCUCGAGGAAGAGGAGGAAAAAGGGGUGGGCGGGCAAGCGGAGGAGAUCAGGAAGGUCGCGCCGCCAGCAGACACCGACGGGCGAGGACACGGACAUCCAGAAGGCGUUCCACCUCAGUUUGCUGGACGUGUCCGACCCGCCAGCUUCGCACAUGACCGAGUCACAAGUGUCGGCAAUCUUAGACCCGCCGAUUACUGCUCCCACAGAGACGCAACCCUGCCAGUCUGCGAGUUCACUGCAGCGCAACGACAGCACGGCUUCGCUUUUCGACCAGGACUCAGAGCAAGACCGCGAGGAUGAUGAGCUGGCGCUCGCGAUCGAGAUGAGCUUGACGCAGGAGCCCGCCCCUAUGGUCCCCACCCAGACAGUGGAGGUGCCCGUCAUCUCGUCGCAGGAGUCGCCUGAAACACUCAAGUCGCCUCUUCCCCAGUCUCAGCUCGAGCCCGAGGAAGACGAAGACGGCACCUCUGGUGCAAUCAUUGGUCGUCUCACAUUCCCCCACGAUCCCAAGGCUCUCGCGGAGCACCUGGCCUGGGCGCUGGGAUACUGGCGCGGCGAGCGGGAGCCGCAAGGUGUCCCGCUGGAGCACACGCGCCGCUGCGCGUGGUGCGAGUUCGAGGACGGGUGCGAGUGGCGCGCAGCAAAGGCGCGCGAGGUGCUCGAGGCGAAGCGGAAGGCGAGGAUUGACGGAUUGCGGCCGCUGCCCGCUCUCCCCCUCCCACCUUGA